UUAAUAAACUGAUCAUUUGAAUUACUCAAAACCUUUUUUUUUAACCUUAUCCUUUUAAAGAUAAAAGUUAAAAUAUAUUUUAUACCAAUGUCGUUAAUGAUAAAAUAGAAUAACUGGUGUUAUAUACUUCGAGUAUACUUAACCUCACUUUACGCAUAUAGAACAACAUGCGAUCUCUACUAACAAAUUUGUUGCGAACAAAAAAACAAUUUUGUGAAUAUUUGAAACCUUCUGUAAAUAAUAUAAUAACAUAUUCUCAAUUGAGACAAAUUACUAUAUUUUCAAAUAAUAGUCAAAAAUGGCUUAACAAUGAUAAAAUUGUGAAAACCGAGUCACAUAACCUAGUUAGUUCGAUUGGUAUGACUCAUAAAAUUUUUGAAGAUCAAGAUGCAGAAAUUAUUUUUGAUGCCAGUGAAAAACAAGAAGCGAUUAAUUUAGAAGAUUUGAGAAUUGAGGAGGAACCUUAUGAUCCUUAUGAAGGAAUAAAUUUAAAACGUAGAUCAAAGAAACACAUGCAAGCACUUGCUAAUUUUGUCCGUAAAGUAUAUAAAUUAAAAAAGAAUAAAACUGAUUUCUUGCCAAAAAUUGAAGGAGAAAAUUCAAAUGAUUGGAUAGCUGUAGAUUUAGGAAAUAUUGUAUUGCAUAUUUUUUCAAAUAAUGCCAGAUCAUUAUAUGAUCUAGAAGUAUUGUGGUCAGUUGGACCUGAUUAUGAUGAUAAAAAUAAAAAUUCUACUGAAGAUGACAUUAUGGAACAAUAUAACACAUUUUUAUCCGAUUUAGAACCAAUUGAGAAUGACGAUGAUAAAGAACAAGAUGUAUAUGAUAAAAAAUAAGAUGUAUAAAAAACAAUAAUUAUAAAAGUUACAUAAACUAUGUAUAUUGUUUUUUAUUUAUUAGGAUAUUAUUAUUAAACAAAUAGAAUAAAAUUUUUAAAACAAUUUUCAUGCUUAAAAAAUAAUAAGUGUAUGAUGAAUAUUUUCUGAAUCCUAUAUAAAUUCAAUCAUUUUUUCCUCUCCCUUUCCACUCUUUCAUUUUGCUCUUCGCGCUCUAUUAUUAUGUUUUCUGAAGUAAUUCCCUAUUCAAUAAGCGUCCAUAUCUGAAGGCGCUUUAUCGCAAACAACAAAAUGGAAUCUUAUCGAAUUAUCAACUCCAUUUCAUACGCUGAUUAAUUUCAAUAUAGAUGGAUCUAUAUUUGAGUGAAACAAUUUUGUGGUGGUAUAUGUAGUUUUAAACCUCGUGUAUCAACAAAGCGUGAUUACAAUAAUAUUCUGUUCUAUCUUACGAGUUUAUGAGCAUCAUCGGCAUUUGUACAUCACUUGUAUAACAUAAAAUAAAAACUAAUUUUUAGAAUAACAUAAAAUAAUACAUCUGAUUUUUUAGUAAAAAAUUGAUGUAAUUAAAUUUCUGCUAUAUAACAGUGCAAUUAAUUUUUUAAACAGUAUUUAUAUAGGUAAUGUAUACACAUAAAUUUUCAGUAAUUCUCGUAAAUAAUUUACAUAAAUAAAAAAAGUUAUCAUUGCACGUUAUCAAAAAUAUGAAAAUGUUGGAAAAUAAGAAAAUAUGAAAAUAUCAAUUUGUAACAUUUUACAAAAUGAAUAAAAAAUAGUUUUAAGUACCCUUAAUUUUAUGGAUUGUUUUAUCAUAAAAUUCUUUAUUUCAGAUGAAUAUAGUUAUUUUAAGAUAUUUAUUAGAACUAGUAUCAUUAAGAAGGUAUAUGAAGGAGAAAAAGAAUAUGAAAAGAUAA